AUGGUCCUCCCACAUAACGUGUGCUCGCAUCUGCAAAAUGCGUUUCGAGCGCGUCACCACCGCAUCGCGGUCCCACACACGACACAGAACCUCGGGAUCCUCUCCAUCCUCCUCCGCGCAGGGUUCCUGAUGUCCUUGACGCGUGGAACGGUGGAAGAACCAUCACCUUCGCUGUUCAAUGCGGUUGGCGAGCCAGAACGGCGCAUAUGGGCCGACCUGAAGUACCGGGAUGAGCGACCGGUGCUGAGCAAGGUGGAGCUGAUCAGCAAGCCGAGCAAGUCCGUGUACAUGGACAUCGGGGAGAUCAGGCGGAUAUGCUCUGGGAGAAGAGCGCAGAUGAUCAAGCCGUUGCGGUUGGGAGAGAUUGUGAUCGUGAGGACGAAAAGCCACGAGCACGAGUGGUUGGAGGCACGAGAGGCGUUGGAGCUGAACCUGGGAGGAGAGAUCAUAUGUCGGGCACGGUAG